UCCACGAGUCCAGCCGUGAAUUCGGGGGAGGAGCGCGGGCUCUUUUCCCGAACAGCGGCUGGUAAUCGAGCCUACGAGUUGCCUGAUUGUUUUAUAUCCAACUGAAUUUACAACAACUGAAAUGAAAUCACUAGGAAUCUUAACGAAAACAAAACGUUAAAACCUGGAAUUAGAAAUGCAAGGGCUUGUUGCAUACCAUAUAAUAAAGCUUAAUUUAAUUUCAAAGUUUUACACUAAUGAAAUAUAAAAUUCUUCGAUUCAGAAUUUUAGUCAGUUAGAGAAUUUUUGAGUGCCAUAGCUGCAUGGGUAAGGCUGGUAAAUGCCCCUAAAAGUAGCUCUUUCUAAAAAUUAGAUUGAUCGUGAUAUACCGACUGGGUUAGGUGAAUACGUAUCAUAAAACCAGCAGGUGUUUCGCUCAUCUAUCCUCGCGGACACUGUUUGAAAAUAACAUAAAACUAGAGUUUGAAGAUUUUCCAAGUAAUAAGAAAGAACCUCUUAUUGUAGGUUCCAGUCAUUAAAAUAAAAAUAUGUUUAUACACUAACCAUGAACUACCGUGUUCGUGCAAAUUUUUUACUCGUUUAACCGAAAGAUUUGAAGUACGUAGUUCGACAGUAGUGAUGACAGAUUACUUUUGUUUAAGGUAGCUGGUGUUUUAUUUAGCGUUUGCAGUUCGUGAAUAAUUAAUGUAAUGAAGAUACCAAUGAACUGGUUCUAAUUAAUGACUUCGUCAUUUCAGCACGUAUUUUACCUUGUUAAAGGAAGUCACAAAAUGAAUUUUGGCAAUAACGCUAAACUCGUGCUGGAAAGCUUACUUUUAGUCUGUUACUUAUUGAUUGGAGCAUUUAUUUUCCAAGCUCUUGAGAAGAAAAACGAACAAAGAGAAAAGACUCGUCUAAAAGACGAGAUUGCCUCGCUGCAAAGGAAAUACAAUAUAUCAAAUGAGGCUGUAAUAUCAUUAAAGGAGAUAUUCCAACGUCCUUAUGCUACGAAAAAUAUUGAAACAUGGAGCUUUGGAAAUGCGUUUGUUUUUGCUGGGACAAUUGUAACUUCUGUUGGUUACGGACACAUUGUUCCCAUGACAGCUUGGGGAAGGAUUUUCUGCAUUGUGUAUGCGCUAUUUGGGAUACCGCUGACCUGCGUGGUUUUCAAAUUAGUGGGCACGAACAUCAGCGACGUCAUCAAGAAGAUUAUCAGCGCAGUGAAAAAGAAAUGGCCGAGAAGUAAAUCGCAACAUUUGAAAGCUGCUGAAAGUGCGUUAGUUGCCAUAUUUCUUAACAUCCUUGCUCUUCUACUUAUUUCCUUGGUGGCCUUCUUUAGGCGAAGAGAAUGGACAUACUUGGAGAGUUUUUACUUCUGCUUUAUAACGUUUAGCACCAUAGGACUGGGUGAUUUUUUGCCAUUCGAGGACACAAACGUUGGAGUCACUGAAUACCUACUCAUGGCAGUAGCAAUCAUUCUGGGAUUUUCAAUGAUGUCCACGAUGCUUUGCGCUCUUAGUCAAGCGCUUGAGGAGGCCACCCCUCUACCAAAAGUUAGACCCUUAGGGACUACAACUGACACACACGGCGAAACAGACUUGCAAGCCAAUAAUAACAUAGAACUAAUCGAUAUUGAGAAGGUAAACGACACACAAACCUGCCAAACACAUACAAGAAAAAUAUCGGUAGGUUUGGUUACAAUUUAGUGUAUAAGUUUUGAAGAAAUGCAACAAAUAAUUAGCGUAAAGAAUGCACGAUUAUCUAGUGUAAUGAUUAGAAUGCAAGAUCAAUGCACGAUU